CAUCUUCUGCAGCUCACGUUAUCCUCCGUUAUCCGAAUUUGCGCGAACCGCCGGUGAUCUAGGGCUCUUUCUAGGGGGCCUCAGCGCUUCGUUUCCUCCUGCCCUAUUUAACCCUUCCCCCUGACCUGCAGGCGCGAGUGCCUCUCUACGACCUAAGUGUCGUUUCCCACCUCCACGUUAUCCCACUCCAUCUGCUCAAGUCAGGCUAUGGCAAUGGAGAAACUCGAGGGCCUCGGUUGGAUCUCCAUCCUUGAUGUUUCCUACAACCCCACAGUCCUCUAUGUCUCUGAUUCCCUACUAUUUAUCUUGGGUUGGACACCAGAGGAGAUGGUUGGAAACCCGAUUUUGGAUUACAUUCAUCUCAAGGAGCAUGAAAAGGCGAAAGCUCUCAUCAUGCAUGCCCUAAUACACGAUUCGGUCGCGUCUUUGACGUAUCUGACAAUGCGGCACAAAGACGGUCAUGAAGUCGUGGUUGUGAGCUCCUAUAACUGCGCGUACGAUCGAGUCAUUUGUUCUGGUUCUGUUGCAGUACCCGGUCAAAAGGCACGACUCCGAUCUCUGACCGCUAACGAGUUCGUGCCCGUUACAGAUAUUCCACGCGCUCGCUAUCAGGCCAUGCGCUGGGGCAAGCCCAUCCAUGGAGAUCCACUGCCUGCGGCCAUGGAGAUGGCCAAGAACCCUCCACCUGUCCCCCAAAUGGAGAAGCGUACCUGCGUAUUCGUCAAUCGCUUCACCCGCGAUAGCACAAUCUAUCACUGCACGAAUGAUUUGUAUCUCAACAUCGAUGACGUCUACGAGCACUCUUUCCUCCACUAUGUCCAUCCAGAUGAUGAAGAAAAAGUACGUGAAAUUAUCAACUCUGCCAAGUCCUGGAACAGGCACGGUGACAGCGCAACGGACGGCGGAUUUGAAUACUGCGUUUUCCGACUGUUCCCACGUGGUCGGCCACUCAUCACGACGCCGCCCAGACCUGUGAGGGCUAAUAAACGCCGUCGCUCUCGCUCUCCACCAGGCGGGCGCAAGGGCCAGACAUCUCCCUCCGUCCAGGAGAACCAAGGUACAGACAGAAAGCCGACCAAGGAUGGUUCACCAGAACAACAGGCUAGUGGUUCUCUCCAAGAAGUGUACACGAUGGAAGGCGUUUUCUCGGCUGCCUCUGACGGACUGAUCAUCGUUCUCCGCGAGGUUAACGGCGACCCAUCGCCUCCUGUAACUUUAUGA